AUGGUUUUGUUGUAAUUUUUAUUUUUAAAAGAUUUUUUUAUUCAAGCCUUUCUUUGCCUUGGAGUUCAAGAUGACCAUGUCAGGAUUGAAAACGUUAAAACUGGAAGAUCCGAGUAACAUUCAGUGGGAAUUGAAGGUAUUCUAUCCAAACCUAGGUUUUCGACGAUUUGCUUCAGUUGAAAUGUUCAAGCUGUGGCGAUGUGCCGGAUCGUUGGAGAUACGUUGUUGCCAAUGUAAGCUCCCUUCUGACUCCAGAUGGACUCACCAGAACUUUUCAGGAGAGUGAGCCUAUACCUGGAAGUCGAGGAGAAGCAAACUAUAUCGAAAAAUGCAAGGGCUGCGGCCAUCUCAACACGCUCAGUCUAUAUAUUUUGCCGUUCCAGGAGUUUGAUGAUGUUGCAGGUAUUCUGGAGGACUGCUUCAAGCCCUACGUCGAGGACAAGAACGAGUCCUGGCAGCCGGUGAUGAUCAUGGACAGCCGUGGCUUUGAGCCCGUCGGCUUCGGCCAAGCUGUUCGUUUUUAUUUCUUGACUUUAGAAAUCUUUUUAUCAUAUUUCUAUUCGCUUCGCUUUUUUUUGAUGAGAAGGAACAACUGUACAAAAUGUAUGAAGACUCUCGAAUGUUACACGGUGGGCUUGAAAGCAAAUGUCCGAUUUUCAACCUUCAUUUAUCGCAUCAGAGAAGGGGUCUUCCCAAAGUCAGAGAUGGAGAGUGUGAAACUGAUAGGUUUAGGAGACCACCUAGUAUUUUUUUUCUCAAGCCAGAGAUGAAUUAAGUGCCCCCCUAGCAAAAUACAAACCUCCUGUAUCACAAGUGUAGAACUAAUUCUAAAAUUCAGUCAAACUGGAUAGCGGAUACCAACGACUCGAGUUCCACAUUCAAUGAAAUCAGUUUCUCCUCUUCCGAGGUAAGAAUUCAAUCCAAUUCCUGACCUUCCACGUGUUUUCUCCAGGACUGGGCCGAUUACGACUCCCAAACCAAUGAACCGGUGAGCAUUGAAAACUUUGAAUCACGGUUUCAAGUCGUCAAGAACCCGCAUAAGAAAUGA